UGACAACUCGUUUGGACUGCUUAAAGAAACGCACAGCUCUUUAUUUGGACUGAGCAAAGUAAAGGUGUCUGCUUCGUUCAGCAACAAGCGGAGAAGGGCAGGCAGCGAGGGAGAGCCGGUUUGAUUGACAGCUGCAGUGUCCCGCCACGGAAUUGUAGAGAUGUUUAUGAGGAGAUGGUUUAUAUAGUCGGAGCUCCGGGGCACUCUGUAUCAGUGCUCAUAACAACACAACUCCUGUUGAGACAGAGACCCAGAGCGGAUAUAUUACAUACAGUAUAUACUGUGCCGAUCGACGAAAACUGCACGAAAACUGCACUCCACCGCUGCGACAUUAAACACGCCUUUAAACGCUGCUUUUGUUUAUACAUAGUUUUAGUGUUAUUAUUAUUAUUUUAAAGUUUUUUUUUGUUUUUCCUUUAUGAAAGUUGGUUGCAUUGUUUCAGCGUGCGCGUACCUAUCGGGUUAUCAUGCACUGCCAAGCCGAGUUAAGGCUCUCUUCCCCCGGGCAAUUGAAAGCAGCCAGGCGGCGCUACAAGACCUUCAUGAUUGAUGAGAUUCUCUCGAAAGAGACUUGCGAUUACUUUGAGAAGCUUUCCCUUUACUCUGUGUGCCCUUCGUUCAUCGUGAGACCAACACCUCUCCACUCCUGCACGGGCUCCUCUUCUCUGCGGGGCUUCCCCCUGCUCUCUGUGAUCACACGGCAGCCCCCGGGACUCGCUCCCUCUCCUUCCUCCCGCAUCCUCCCCCCCAGCUCCCUGGCCGAGCCCUCCUCCAGCGAGACCCCUGUCAGCAUCAUCAGCAGCGAGUCGGAGAGCGAGCAGAGCAUCCACCGGCUGAAGAAACCUCGUCGCAGCCGGACCAUCUUCACAGAGCUGCAGCUCCUGGGCCUGGAGAAGAAAUUCCAGAGGCAGAAGUACCUCUCCACCCCGGACAGACUGGACCUGGCCCAGUCUCUGGGGCUCACUCAGCUGCAGGUGAAGACCUGGUACCAGAACCGUCGCAUGAAGUGGAAGAAACUGGUCUUGAAAGGAGGCCAGGAGGCCCCUACGAAGCCCAAGGGCCGUCCCAAGAAGAACUCGAUCCCCACCACGGAGGAGAUUGAAGCCGAGGAGCGUCUGGCCAUGCAGGCGUCCACACGAGAGGAGCCGGCCGCUCAGCCGCCGGCAGAGUCCGAACAGGAGGGGCCAGCCGGUGAGCCGCAGGACCUCAGCAUGCGGGCCCCUAGCACGGGGAGCCCCACAGCACCCGAGCUGUCCACGCAACAGCAGGCGCCCACACACCAGCCCGAACACCAGUCCGUGAGCUAAAGCACCCCCGCACUCCGGACGGUGUGAAAGACUGGGAAACAUGAGCACUUAGUGCCUUGGAAACGUGCCUCUCCCUACACUGCAGUAUAACAGACAGACGUCCCACGCAAAGUCCUGAUGCUCCUACGUACGCCGUUUGAAGUUUCUAUGGGUUCCGGGGGAACCUCGACAAGCAUGGCAAAAUGACUUAAUAGAACUUCCCAGCAUGCACUGGGCACCACUGUGUACCAUGAGGUCUCUUAUCCAAAACUUGACCAGCCCUGACCCAGCGUCAGCUUCUGACAUCACAAUCAAACACACCAGCCCUGACCCAGCGUCAGCUUCUGACAUCACAAUCAAACACACCAGCCCUGACCCGGCUCCAGCUUCUAACAUCACAAUCAAACACACCAGCCCUGACCCAGCAUCAACUUCUGACAUCACAAUCAAAGAUACCAGCCCUGACCCAGCAUCAGCUUCUGACAUCACAAUCAAACACACCAGCCCUGACCUGGCUCCAGCUUCUGACAUCACAAUCAAACACACCAGCCCUGACCCGGCUCCAGCUUCUGACAUCACAAUCAAACACACCAGCCCUGACCCAACCACAGCUUCUGACAUCACAAUCAAACACACCAGCCCUGACCCGGCUCCAGCUUCUGACAUCACAAUCAAACACACCAGCCCUGACCCAACCACAGCUUCUGACAUCACAAUCAAACACACCAGCCCUGACCUGGUGUCAGCUUCUGACAUCACAAUCAAACAUAGGGGUUCUCUUGGGUAAACAAAUGAAUGAACACUGAAUCAUAAAGCAGAAUGAACUGUAUAUCUCACAUAGAGGCCUUUGUUUUUGAUGUAAUGCCACAUGUAAACACAGGGGACCCUAUUUUGAAGUUAAAUUCAGACUGGAAUUAACACAUUUUAACAGUGGAACAAAAACAAGAAAGUAGAAACGUGUACAAACAAGCUCCACGCUGCAAGUUAUUCUCAGUUAUUCUGUUCAAAUUGUUGUAUUCCUCCCCGGAAAUGUGCCUUUUCUACUUCCAAGAAGCAAUUUACAACACGGCCAUAACACCCAAUCAAUCACUCUGAGGUAGAAAAUAGAAACACAACUGAACAGACCUGCUGUCUAAUGCCUUCAGAACACUGGAGAAUGCAUGAGCAUAAUUACUGUAUAUAUAUAUAUACACACACAUAUAUAUAUAUAUACAUAUGUCACAAGAAUGUAUCGAGAAUAUAUAUUUACUGUACAUGGUAAAGGAAGGGGAAAGCUAUGUAAAAAAAAAAGGUGUAACAUAAAUGGAGUUUAAUAUUAACAGAUGUUUUAUGAUUUUACUUGAAAAAUAUGUUUGGUACUUAAUGUUUUAAAGAAUCGUAAUGUUUUCUAACACUGGAGGCACGCUGACCUUACUGAGUCACACACCUUGCUGUAAUGAAAUCUUUCUCCUGUCAUACAUGAGAACAUUGUUAAAGCAGAGUCCCAGUCAGCCACAAAGCCAGUGGAGAGACAGAGAGCUGGAGAGACAGAGAGACGGAGAGACAGAGAGACAGAGAGACGGAGAGACGGAGAGAUGGAGAGACAGAGAGACAGAGAGCUGGAGAGACAGAGAGACGGAGAGACGGAGAGACGGAGAGAUGGAGAGACAGAGAGACAGAGAGACAGAGAGACAGAGAGCUCCACUCUGUACCCUGCACAGCUUUCUCAAUACCGCGGUUGCAUGAUAACACUUUUUUUUGGUUCUGAAUUCUGUUUCUUUUACUUGUAUUUCUAAUAUAUAUAUAUAUAUAUAUAUAUAUAUAUAUAUAUAUAUAUAUAUAUAUAAUUUUUUUGGUGUAAAUAAAUAGCUUGUUGGGUAAGCUAAAGCAAAAAAAAAAACGAUAUAAGGAGAAAAAAAAAGAUGUGUGCUGAGAAUGUAGUUUUUUGUUUUUUUGUGUGUGUGUGACCGUUUGAAUAUUUAAA